AUGACUUCCGGUUUCUGGGUGAAAUUGACACACAAUGAGGAGCUGCGAUCAACCUCACUAAACCUGCCGUAAAUAAAACAACACAAACACAGACCAUGGACAAUCAGUGCACGGUGCAGGUGAAGCUGGAGUUGGGACAUCGUGCUCAGCUCCGCAAGAAGCCCACCACGGAGGGGUUCACCCACGACUGGAUGGUGUUCGUGCGCGGCCCCGAGCAGUGUGACAUCCAGCACUUUGUCGAGAGGGUGGUCUUCAGGCUUCACGAGAGCUUCCCAAAACCCAAGCGAGUGUGUAAGGAGCCCCCCUACAAGGUGGAGGAGUCGGGCUACGCUGGCUUCAUUAUGCCCAUAGAGGUCUACUUCAAAAAUAAGGAGGAGCCUAAGAGAGUGUGUUUCACCUACGACUUGUUCCUGAACCUGGAAGGAAACCCUCCUGUCAAUCACCUGCGCUGUGAGAAGCUCACCUUCAACAACCCCACCAGGGAGUUCCGACACAAGCUGGUCAAGGCAGGGGGGGUCAUGGUGAUGCCCGAGGGAGCGGAGGCCGUCACCAGGCCAAGUCCAGACUACCCUAUGUUACCCACAAUCCCCCUCUCUGCGUUCUCUGACCCCAAGAAGACCAAACCUUCCCACGGGUCAAAGGAGUCCAUUAAAGACAGCAGCAGCAGCAGCAGCAGCAAGACGUCCAAGCCUCACAAAGUGACCAAGGAGCCCCGGGGCGAGCGGCCACGCAAGGACUCUGAGAGCAAGGGCUCCAGCAAGGGGGAGGGGGAGCGCGAGGCAGGCAAGCCUGCCAAGGAGACCCCGUCGGCACGGAAACUGGACAGCAAGGGAAACAAAGAGGAGGUCAAGGCGCCCCCCAAAGCAGCAUUCAAGGAGCCCAAACUGACCUUGAAGGAGUCCAAAAUGGAGGGCAUGUCCCCAAAGGGUGGGGGGAGCGGAGGUGGAGGGGGUGGGGGAGGCGGCCAGCCAGAGCCCAAGGCAUUCAGUAAGAGGCCGGCCAAUGUGGAGUCCCCCAAGCCCAGCACUAAGAAACAGAAGAAGGGCAGCUCGGAGAGUUUGAAGGGCGUUACCAGCACCUCCCCCCGCGUCUCCUCCUCCACCGUUGCCCUGCCCCCCCCCAGCUGCCCCGAGAAGAAGCCCCCCAAAGAGAAGAGCAGCAGCGGCGGAGGACGCCCGGAGAAGGUGAAGAACGAGACCACCGAAGUGAAGGAGGUGAAGAAGCCAGCGGAGACGGAUGACUCCAAUUCAGAGGACGAGGCCUCAUCGAAAUCGGAGUCUGUGCCGUCAAGUCCGUCAAAUUCCAGUUCCAGCUCCGAUUCCAGCUCUGAUUCCGACUUCGAGCCCUCGCAGAACCACACUCAAGGCCCCCUGCGCUCCAUGGUGGAGGACCUGCAGUCAGAGGAGUCAGACGAUGAUGACAGCAGCACUGAGGGGGAGACGCCUGUGAAAACCAACCCGCCCAACAGAGACACGAGGUUGAGUCUGGGCAGCGAGAGUGACAGCAGCGAAGGGUCCCACCCCCCCAGUCGAGAUCCUCCGCACCCCCCUCUCAAGCACAGCUCUGCAAACAACAAGGUCUCUGUGAGGAAAAGUCCAGAACCCUGCAGCAGACCUGAGAAGAUGUUGAAGAAGGGAUACGACAAGGCGUACACAGACGAGCUUGUGGAUCUGCAUCGGCGGCUGAUGGCGCUUCGAGAACGGAACGUCCUGCAGCAGAUUGUGAACCUCAUCGAGGAGACAGGCCAUUUCAACGUCACCAACACCACCUUUGACUUUGACCUCUUCUCAUUGGACGAAUCGACUGUCCGUAAACUACAGAGCUACCUGGAAGCCACAGCCACGUGACAGGAAGUCCGGGAGAGGGCGGGGCUUUGUCUUUCCUAAGAACACGGGGUGGGACAACAAAAAUCAAACAAACGACACAGGAAGCUGUGGGGGGGGGGGGGGGGGGGUUUCAAGAAGGGAGUGAUCGUUGUGCACCCCAAUCCACUGCCCCCCCCCCGGAGAGAGAGAGAUAUGCCACAGUCACAGUGAACAGACACUCAGAGACUGUAUAUUAUAUAUAUAUAUAUAUAUAUAUAUAUAUAUAUAUAUAUAUAUAUAUAUAUAUAUAUAUAUAUCUGUGUGUGUGUGUAUACGUGUAGCCGACAGCGUGGCUGGUUUUUUGUGGUCACGCUUGCUCUCGAUUUUAUAAAAUGCACAAUGGCUGGACUGAGUCACGGUUCCAGAGA